AUGUCUGCCGAUGUCACAGUAGCGGAUUUCGAUCCCCUCUUCGACGACGAAACGUCGCUGUCUCCUCCUCAGCCCAAGACGUUGCCUAGCUUUAUGCUCGCACUCCCAACGUAUGAGCAAUCCGCUCUUACGAAUGCUGAUACACAUCUUCGUCAUGCGACGAAUGAACCUGGAAUUUUUGACAUUUUUGAUCAAAAUGUGGGGACCAUUGCACCAUCCGGUUCCUGCGUAUCUGAACGUCCCUCUUCCUUAGACUCUUUUACAGGUUUCAAUGCCACACCAAUAAUACCAACGGCCUCGACUUCUUCGACUAGUCAAGGCGCCAAAGCCAGCGCUCGAAAACGACAGACUGUAGGACGCUCCCCAAGGGCUGAGCGUACGACAUCAUCGAUAUUCACGCCGAGGAAUCAUCGAGAGGCCGUUCUUUAUCGGCUUAUCCAAGAUCCCAACGUCGCCGUGGUGCUCCGCGCCCUCAUUGACCAAAUGUACAAGUCAAAAGUACUUCCAGACCAGUUCCAGGCACAUAUUUCCGCACUUCUUGGCACAUUUGGUCAACCGGGUACCCCCAGCCCGACCAAUGUUGACCUUCCUCGUCCGACCAAACGACGGCGGAUGGAUCGAAUUCCCGCUGGAGCUGAAGACUGGAUAGUACCAUAUCCAUUCCAACCCGACGAGGUCCCAGAGCAUUUCCAGGAGAUGAGGGACAUUCACAUUCUGGAUUCGGUACUCAAGAGUUUGGAACGGAAUGUCAAGAGCUGGAAAAACGCCCGCGGCGUUCUCAACGAGCCUACUCGACCUCGAGGACUACCUUCAAACAACGACCCCACACCAGCAUCUCUGUCGAUGACCCUCAACGAAUCUACCCUUCUCAAUGAGACCUGGCUCCACCAACCGGACGAUGAGCUACUCCUGGCGCUGGAUCGAAUGCUUGGAGUCCCAGCACAUCAACCAACAGAAAUUCAAGUGGAGGAUCCCACGAUUUUUGCAUCUGGGCUGUUGGAAUCGCUAGGACUUACGCUACCUUCGGUAACGGAAUCUACCGCUUCUACUUCAAGGCUUACGACACCAGUCGACCCCGAAUUCGGUCUAGAUUCGUUUGUAUUCGAUGGUAUGGACUGGAGCGCCCUUGAGAAUCCAGCCGGCCCAAAGGUACAUAUCACUCCACCCUCGCCAGUAUCCGGUAUUGAUCUAUUUAAGAAUCCCAAUACUCUGCCAAAUGACUUGCCCAUGUUCCUUGACGGUCUUGGAUCGACUAGCAGAGCAUCGAUGGUGGCGUCGCCCUCGUCACUAUCCAGCAGAAGCACCACGCCCAUGAUGGACUCCUCUCAUCCGGUUCGGCUCGUUCCCGCAUUGUCAAAACGUGGUCGUGGACGGUCGACAGCGGUUCUACGACGUCAAUUCAGCCACAAAGUACCAAGUAGUUCGCCGGUUCCGUCAGUGGAGGCCGAGCCUAUCUCUGCACGUGGCACACGAAAGACGAGAGCAAGUCAGGAGACCACGAAGAAACGCGAUGAGACGCUUGCACGGGCACGAGAGUACCGCGAGGCGUUGGCGAUGGAACUGGAGAGGGCUCGCACGGAGCGAUGGGAGAUGAUGAUGGAAGGUGUCGUGUUGCGAGAAGCGAGGGUUUUGAUCGUGGACUGCGAGGAGGGCUCAGCAUGA